AUGUCGAAGAUCCACGUUGUCGUUCUUGUUGCUGCAGCAUCCGUCCUGAUGGCCGGAGUGCGAGUGCUGGCCCUCCCCUCGGACUCGGCCGAUGCCCACGCCGAGAUCCGCAGCUUUGUCAACGAGCUGAAGCAGGAGGAUGGCAGCUACAACUACCAGUUCGAGACGACCAACGGCAUUGCCCAGCAGGAGCAGGGAGUGGGCGGCUACUACGCCUCGGGCUCCUCUCAGUACUACAGCCCCGAGGGCCAGCUCAUCCAGCUGACCUAUACGGCCGACGAGAAUGGCUUUCAGCCGCAGGGCGAGCACCUGCCCACGCCACCACCCAUCCCGGAGGCCAUUCUCAAGUCGCUGGAGUGGAUCCGCAACCACCCAGAGGAGAACGAGGAGUACGAGCACCACGACCAACACGACCAACACGGUCACGGCCAUGGUCAUGGCGCCGAGCAGGGCAAACAGUAUCUGCAGCAGGGACAGUCGCAACAGCUGCCAGUGGGCUCUCUGCUAGCUCCGGCCUCAGCGCCGGCAGCAGCUUCUGGUCUUCCCUACGAGAGGAAGAUUUAA